GCGGCGUCGGAGGGACGUGGGGACCGGAUGGGGAAGGCGGCGGCGGUGGCCUUGGGGGCCGAAGUUGGCGUGCGGCUCGCCCUGUUCGCGACCUUCCUGGUGACGGAGCUGCUGGCUCCCUUCCACAGGCUUAUCCAGCCGGAGGAAAUGUGGCUUUACCGGAAUCCGUAUGUGGAAGCGGACUAUUUCCCUACCAAGCCCAUGUUUGUCAUUGCAUUUCUCUCUCCUCUGUCACUGAUCCUCCUGGCCAAAUGUCUCAAGAAGGCAGACACAGCAGACAGCAGACAAGCCUGCUUGGCUGCCAGCCUUGCCCUGGCUCUGAACGGUGUCUUCACCAACACAAUAAAACUGAUAGUGGGGAGGCCACGCCCAGAUUUCUUCUACCGCUGCUUCCCUGAUGGGCAAGCCCAUCCUGACCUGAUGUGCACAGGGGACAAGGAUGUGGUGAACGAGGGCCGCAAGAGCUUUCCUAGUGGACAUUCGUCCUUUGCAUUUGCUGGCCUGGCCUUUGCUUCCUUCUACCUGGCAGGGAAGCUACACUGCUUCACACCACAAGGCCGUGGGAAAUCCUGGAGGUUCUGUGCCUUCCUGUCACCUCUACUUUUCGCAGCUGUGAUUGCACUGUCCCGUACCUGCGACUACAAGCAUCAUUGGCAAGAUGUCCUAGCUGGAUCCAUGAUUGGCCUGACUUUUGCCUACGUCUGCUACAGGCAGUAUUAUCCUCCACUGACGGAUGCAGAAUGCCAUAAACCGUUUCAGGACAAACUCGUACUUCCCACUGUACAGAAGAAGCCUGGUGAUCCCUAUCAUUUUGAUGUUUAGAAAUUGGAUUUACACCCGUGGAGACUAGGUGAACCAGCCCCUCCUGAAUGGACCACGCACAAGGCCGAAUUUCUGGCCUUUUUACCUCUGAAGAGGUGAAGCAAGGACUUGCGCCAUGCUGCGUUCUGCCGCCACGUGAUUCUGCAGUUUUCUCCUGCUUACAUGGAUCCACUGUGAGGAGUCAAGGGCCUUUUCCAGACUGUGCCCCACACAUUUGGGUAAAAACGUUCUUUCUAGAGUCCUCUACAAGCUUAUGAAUAUGAUCCAGAUUCGAAUCCCCACGUCUACAAUGUUUUGACACUUAAUUUAAAUGCUGUUCUUGGAAGGAUCUUGUUACAAAGAAGACUUUACACAGCCCCACUUUAUCCUUGAAGCUAGAAUGAAACUUAAUAUCAAAACUUAAUUUCCACUUCCCAUAGCCCAAAAUCUUAAAAUCUAGGACAUGAACAACUAAAUUCCCUUCUCUGGUGAGAAUUUCAUCAAGCCUUUAAUACGAGAAUGUCCAGUUUUGGCUGAUUUAUCACUAUUACACAUAGCUGAUCUCAGUCCAGCCAGAUAUUGCCGUCCAUUUUGAAUACUGUGGGCAUAAACAAUCUUGUGCUGCUAAGUGAACAUAAUGAAAAGGAAGAAAACGAUCAGGAGUGUGGUUUCCGAACUAAAAACUGAUACCUCUUUCUACCUCACCUCAUUUGUCCUUAAACUGUGGCCAUGAGCUGCUUUCCCAGCAGUCAUCACUG